CAUCCAUCGAACCACGACUGGAGCAAAUCCUCCUCCCAAGCUGAAGUGGAACCUGGGACUUUGCUGGAAAUCCGGUACUGCUCCAUUGUGAUCUUAUAUCGACCCAUGCUGAGGCAAAGUUGAUCGUCGGAGACAUUGGCGAACUGCGAACUAUGUACCCUUUUUUUUUUUUUUUGAUCGAUUCGGCAGUUAAUAAGGAUGAUCGAAAAUUGACCUGACAAGCCUGAGACCUGCCAAAUUCUUGGUACUCAUGACGCGUUAUUGUGUUCGGGGAGUGUCAAGCUUUCUCGUUCCUUGAUGUCUGAGAGAAGCCUCGGAGACUUUUAAUCUGUUUGUAGAGCCAUCCAUUUUUUGCAUUCAAGAUGUUCAUCUCCAUUUUCUAGCCUUGCCUCAAAAUUUCCAAACACCCUCCAUAUCAUUUACUGCAAACUAUGUCUUAUACCCCUUGACCCAUCUCACACGGGCCGAAAGUAGAACCACUCGUCCGUUCGUCACCGUGCUUUAUCCGGGCUGUGAUAUCUUUCCUUAACAGCCAAUCCCUGUGACCUCAUCGGUACACCAUCUUCCACCGGGAGGUUAGACGUUGCAAGAACAAGAGGGGGAAAGGGCUGUGGCAAACACUGCGCACACCCACACCAUAACGGGGAUACCCGUUUUUUUUUAUUCGCCUAUGAGAUAAGGGCUCAGGGGGAAUGCAAAUAAAACCCGUCCAAAGAGAAAGCCCUUGGCCUAAAAUAAAGACGAACCAUGUCAGCACAUAGCACAAUACGCGCUCGUGGCAUCUCCAGCCCAUGCACAGAAACUUCAGCCACAGAUCGAGACUCGCCUGAGCACCACCACCCGCACCGCCCGAGCUUCAACGCCAACAACACACAGGACCGGUUACGCGAGGGCGCUAGGCUUCCGCACCGCAGCACGAUGCCGACAAACAUCAGGCGGGACCGCAAGUCCCUCUUCAAGGAGGUGGGCCUGCUGGACGACGACGAGGCUGGAGACUUUGGAGGCAGCAGUGAGCGGACUGUGCUGAGCCCUCUGUCCAACAAGGAAUUUGGAACCAUCGCCGGCAUAUCGCCGACAUCGACGUUUGAUGACAAUGACGACGGCGACGGUGAGCGAAACACAGCUUCGGAACCAGGACAGGACGCCGCCCCUGCUGCUUCAGCAAAUACGAAAACUGUCAGGACGGUACGAGGCGGUGGCGAGGGUGCACAGCAGGAGGAAAGGAGACCAGCCGGGGCACGGCAGCUGCAGCCGUCGUCGUCGGAGAACCAAAAGGUGCCGUGGUACAGCAGGCUGGCGCGGCAGGGGAGGCCGAGGAUAAGAGCAGCCGCCGCCAGUGCGACGCCCCCUCCCGUAGCCACGAGUCUCUCCCGAGUCACAAUGAUCGCCAUGCUCAUUGCUGUCGUUCUUCCUGCCUUUAGCUACAACAGCGGCCGGCGCACCGUCGACAUUGCCGGGGCGGACGCCGGCGUCGUCCAGGGCCGAGGUGGCGUCGGCGACCGACAACGACCAUGGUCGCCCGACGUCGCUGAGGAGCUCAGCUUCCUCGAGGCCAGGCAGAGCAGCCCCACGCAGGUCUGCGCGCGAUGGGCACAUCACGCCGCAUUGCUUAACGGGACCGUUUACAUAUACGGUGGCCAAAGCAAAAGCAAUCCUACGCAGCAAAACGACAAAUGGAACAACAACUUCCUCACAUUAGACCUCACAAAAUCCUGGGACGUCAAGAUCCCGGUCCUCAACGGCCUUCCCACACCAUCCGGCCCACCCGAGGUCUCCCUGGGCUACCUCUGGAACGACUACAACAACUUGUACCUGUACGGCGGCCAGUUUGCCGACGACGCCCAGGGCGUCGAGGUCGGUCCGUCAACCGUCUGGAAGUACUCGAUCAAGAGCAGCUCGUGGUCCGAGGACAAGGAGCCCGAGACUUCGGACGGCAAGUACUCGGAGCCGGGUGGCCAGAGGGUCCAGCGCUCCGCCGAGGGCGCCGGCCUCUCGGUCCCGGAGCUGGGCCUGAGCUGGUACUUUGGAGGCCACCUGGACAUGUGGACGACGCCCGGCUGGUCGAACCAAAUCUGGCGUGUCUACCUCAAGUCGCUGCUCGAGUUCACCCAUCCGGGUUACUCCAACCCCGCAGUCGAGUCGCUCGAGGACAAGGGCGCCGGCGAGUUUGGCGCCUACCGCAACAUCACCGAGGGCGGUUUGCAAAAGGACGAUGCGUUUUACGAGCGGGCCGACGGCGCACUCGUCUUCAUCCCGGGUUGGGGUAAGAAGGGUGUUCUGAUUGGUCUCGGCGGCGGCACCAACACCACCUUCUCCAACAACCUCGGCACCCUCGACGUCUAUGACAUUGAGACCUCCGAGUGGUACCACCAGGAGACGUCGGGCAUCCCGCCUUCGGUCCGCGUCAACCUGUGCGCCGUCGUGGCGUCUGCGCCGGACGCGUCCAGCUUCCAGGUCUACGUCUUUGGCGGGCAGAACCUUGAACCUUAUAAAGACCAAGUCCAGUACGACGACAUGUACAUCCUCACCAUUCCAGCCUUCGCCUGGGUCAAGGUGGACAAACAGGGCAAGAACCAGCCGUCCGCCCGCGCCGGGCACACGUGCAGCAUGCGCGACGGGCAGAUGGUCACCGUAGGCGGCUUCCUAGGCGUCGACUCGGCCUGCGACUCGCCGGGAAUCUACGUCUUUGACGCCAGCAGGCUCGAGUGGAAGGACAAGUUUGACGCCGCCGACCACCGCGCCGACCUCAGCCCCGAGAACUCGGUAAUGGCGGGAAGCUACGGCUACAAGGUGCCGCAAAAGGUCGCCGACGUCAUCGGCGGCGGCCCCGAGGGCAGCGCCACCGUCACGGCCCCCGUGACUCGCGCUACCGACGGGCCAUUCGCCACCGGCAAGUCCCCCGUCUUCACCAUCACGGCCGGAGGAACCGUCACGCAGACGGCAUGGGGCCCCGGCGCCACAUCCGAGGGCGGGCCGGGAGGCGGUGGUGGCGGCACGCAACAGCACGAGGAAGACAGGAAACCUCCCGCCGGGCUCAUCGCCGCGGCUGUGCUGGCGGGGCUCGCGGGCCUGCUGGCGGGCUACCUGGGCUUCUGCGCAUGGCUGUACCGGCGACAGGUCCGCGCAUACCGGACGCACCUGGCGGUGGCGAACCGAUAUUCCGGCGGCAACGCGACGGCAUCCCACGCCAGCCUGGGCGGCAUGGCGGCAGCCUUCUUUGGAAGGAAGCGCAGCAAGCUGGGCAGCAAGGACAGCAAGGGGAGCGGCGGUGGCUCUCAAAGACAGCAGCGCCGCUGGGGGAGCAGCAGGGUGCCGCCAGGCCAGCUUGGCGUGGGGGGCGAGUUCGUCGGCGGCGACGACGAGAAGCCGCUGCACGGGAAGCACUCAUCUUCAGCGGGACGGGAGAGCUUUGCGUGGGUCGGCAGGCCGAGCCAGGAUCCUGCAAGGCCGGUGCUUGGUCCGUGGUUGGGUCCAGAUGGGUCGACGCCUGGGUCUGGAACGACGGCGACGGGGGGUUCCCCGUUUGCCUAUGGUGGCAGUGGGAGCGGUAUCACAUUUGAGCCACCGAGCGGUGGCAGUGGGAGCGGGCCUUCGAGGCCGAGGACGAGUGGCAGUGCGUCGUCGACCGAGGGUUUACUUGAUGGGCAGGACAUGAGCUUCUUUUCUGUAGUGAUGGCGCCGAGGAGGGCGUUGCGGGUCGUCAAUGGACUCGAGGAUGGGGAAAAGGAACAGCAGGUCAUAGAGUCGAAAUGAACCACAGGCCGCGAUAACGAUUGAUGAUGGAUACACGUCCAGAUGAUGCAUUUUUUCCCCCUCGCGGUAUUAUGCACCCAGGUAUGUAAUUACCUAUACACGUAAAAAGGAAUUGAUUGAACCUAUCAAAAAAAAUGAAGUCC